GCAGGCGCUUCCUCCGGGCCGGGCAGCGCGGCUCCUCCCUCGCCGCCGCCGCCGCCGCUGCCUCAGUCCGUGCCAGGCAGCUCCCGCGCGCGCACCGGCUGGACGGGGAUGGUGGCGGCGACCGCGGGCGCCUGGCAGCUGGCAAGCCGGGGCGGUCGAGGAGAAGCCGGCGGCGCGCCUCUGCCUCUGCCGCCCUCCCGCGCCGCUCCUCGGGCUCGGCGGCCAAGGGUGCCUCCUGCGAGCAGAGGCGCGCCCCGCCGGCCCGUCCUGGCGCAUCGCUCGCGGGCCAGAAGGGAGCCGCCGCCGCCGCGCGGGGCGUGAGGGGCCAGGCGCCGUCCGGAGGCAGCGGGCGGGCGGGCAGGAUGUGGCAGGGGCGCCGGGGGGCGCCGGGGGGCUGGAAGGCAGCGCCGCGCCGCCCGCUGAGGAGCAUGGAGCCGGGCUCAGAAUGAAGGAGGCAGGAGCGCCCGGGAGGAGGCGGCGAAGAAGAAGGCGAAGGCGGAGGCGGGGGGCGAGGAGACCCCUGGCGGCGUCAUGUCGGUGCCUUUGCUGAAGAUCGGCGUGGUCCUCAGCACCAUGGCCAUGAUCACCAACUGGAUGUCCCAGACCUUGCCCUCCCUGGUGGGGCUCAACACCACCAAGCUGACCGCAGCCUCUGGGGGCACCCUGGACAGGAGCACCGGAGUGCUGCCUACCAACCCAGAGGAAAGUUGGCAGGUGUACAGUUCUGCUCAGGACAGCGAAGGGCGGUGUAUAUGCACAGUGGUGGCGCCCCAACAGACCAUGUGUUCACGCGACGCCCGGACGAAGCAACUGCGGCAGCUAUUAGAAAAGGUACAAAACAUGUCCCAGUCAAUAGAGGUGUUGGACAGGCGGACCCAGCGGGAUCUGCAGUACGUUGAGAAAAUGGAGAACCAGAUGCGGGGGUUGGAGUCGAAGUUCAAGCAGGUGGAGGAGAGCCACAGACAACAUCUGGCCAGGCAGUUCAAGGCAAUAAAAGCGAAAAUGGAGGAGCUUAGGCCCUUGAUCCCAGUGUUGGAGGAGUACAAAGCCGAUGCCAAAUUGGUUUUGCAGUUUAAAGAGGAGGUCCAGAAUCUGACGUCAGUUCUAAACGAGCUCCAGGAGGAGAUUGGCGCCUAUGACUACGAAGAGCUUCAGAACAGAGUGUCAAAUCUUGAAGAGAGGCUCCGGGCGUGCAUGCAAAAAUUAGCCUGUGGGAAACUGACAGCAAUAAGUGACCCAAUUACCGUGAAGACCUCCGGAUCGCGGUUUGGCUCGUGGAUGACCGACCCGCUGGCUCCAGAAGGCGAAAAUAAGGUCUGGUAUAUGGACAGCUACCACAACAACCGCUUUGUCCGGGAAUACAAAUCCAUGGCCGAUUUCAUGAACACGGACAACUUCACCUCUCACCGCCUCCCUCACCCGUGGUCCGGGACAGGCCAAGUGGUCUACAACGGGUCCAUCUACUUCAAUAAAUACCAAAGCCACAUAAUCAUCAAGUUUGACUUGAAAACCGAGAGCAUCCUUAAGACUCGUAGCUUGGAUUAUGCUGGCUAUAACAACGUCUACCACUAUGCUUGGGGAGGACAUUCGGACAUCGACCUCAUGGUCGACGAGAAUGGGCUGUGGGCCGUCUACGCCACCAAUCAGAACGCGGGGAACAUUGUCAUCAGCAAGCUGGACCCCAACACCUUGCAGAGCAUCCAGACCUGGAACACCAGUUACCCGAAACGCAGUGCCGGCGAAGGGUUCAUCAUCUGCGGCACUCUGUACGUCACCAAUGGCUACUCGGGAGGGACCAAGGUGACCUAUGCUUACCAGACCAACACCUCCACUUAUGAGUAUAUAGAUAUCCCAUUCCUGAACAAAUAUUCCCACAUUUCUAUGUUGGACUACAACCCCAAGGACAGAGCCCUCUACGCCUGGAACAACGGCCAUCAAAUACUCUACAAUGUCACUCUCUUCCACGUCAUCAGAUCUGACGAAUUGUAGCCUGGACUUCUGCCUGGGAGGGACCGGAAUGUCGAGCAAACAGGAAGGGAGGAAGGAAAGAAGGGGAUGUGUACCUGUGUGUCAUAUGGAAACAUACUUCUCCAAGCAAAAGAAACACAGAGGGAAGUUCAAAAACAGAGUAGCUGCCAAAAUGUUUAAAAUUUAAAAAAAAGCGAGAGGAUUUAUCCAGUCUUUAAAACCUGCAAGGUCAGCACUUACCUCUCAAAUGUUUAUUGAGUUGCAGACUUGUGUUAUAGACAAUAGGGGGGGGAAUACAAUAAAUCAUUCAUUUGCAGCUGGAACUGCACACUUGACAGCCACUUCUGAGGUUUUUGUGUUUUGUUUUGUUUUCGUGGGGAGGGGUGCGGUGGGGAAGGUGCUUGGUUUCCCUUUGGUUUACUUUCUGUUCCAAUAGCAAAGCUGUAGUUAUAUAGUACAAUGUAAGGCAAUGACUGUUGGAAAUUUAUCAUUGGGGUGGGGUGGGGGGGGGGGACACAGUUCUCUCUCUUUUCUCUCUCUCUCUCUCUCUCUCUUUGUUUUUUUUGUUUUUGGUGAGUUGCAUGGACAUUUGCCUACAUCACAGCCAGCUAUAAUGGAUGUCUGAUUUGUAUUUGAGAAUAUGGCAUUGAUUCGCUUUGGCAGUGUCUGAUCUAAGAAGAAGAAGAAGGAAGAAGAAGAAGAAGAAGACGCAUUCCAUUGCAGCUAGCAACUUCUUUCUCUCUCUCUCUCUCUCCCCCCCCCUCUCUUUUUCUCCGUGUUUUAUGUCACUUUUAGAUUAACUGUUCUGAGACCCAAAGUAGCUAAUGGAUCUGUGUCUUUAGUAGCUAUAAAAUACAAAAAAGAGAAAAAGAAAAAAAAAAGGUUUCCAGUAUGUACUAUGGACAAAUUGUUGUACCAAAUAUUUGUUUGAAAUUAUAUAUCCAGCCAAUAUCUUGUACACUGUAUGUCUGCUAUUAACCUGAGGUGGCAAAACUUUGUAUGUCCAAGUUUAUGCAAUGAAUGUUGUAAAUGCAGAUGAUGUCAUUUGGAUUAAUAAAUGAAGGUUUCAUAUCUUAAAAAAAGAAA